AUGACUUGGAGUUUACAGAGAGCAGAACUCUGUGAACUGAGCAGUUCAUGCAUAGUACAUCCCGCAUCUGAAGCCUAUGCACAAGAAGCUAUCCAAGCGAUCAAAUCCGAGAAAGUUAUCACUGUGCCAACGGAUACACUUUAUGGAUUCGCCUGUGAUGCUUGUUCUUUAGAAGCUGUUAACCGGAUAUAUGAGAUCAAAGGCAGGAAGCUUACAAGUCCUUUAGCCAUCUGUAUUGGUGAGGUAUCAGAUAUCAAGAGAGUUGCUACCAUAAACCACUUACCUCACGGUUUACUCCACUCGCUCUUGCCCGGUCCAGUCACUCUCGUCCUUCAACGAGGUGAGUCAAGCAUUCUUGAAAGAUCAUUAAACCCUGGGGUUGAUACCAUUGGAGUAAGGGUUCCAUAUUGUGAAUUCAUUAUGGAAGUAUCCAGAGGUUCGGGGAGUGUUUUGGCUCUUACAAGUGCUAACCUAACCGGUGAUAGAAGCAUCGUUUGCGUGAAUGAUUUUGAAAGUCUUUGGCAGCAUUGUGCUUAUGUUUAUGAUGGUGGUUUGCUUCAAUCAGGGCGUGAAGGAUCAACAAUUAUUGAUAUGAGUAAAAUAGGAAAAUAUAAGAUCAUUAGACCUGGAAGGUAUGUGAUCAUGGAUUUAAAGUUUGAAAAUCUUUGUGGUGGUUCUUGA